AUGUCGAUACCACCAGAACAAUGCUUUGCCAAUUUUAGAUGGGAUGACUGCGGCCGAGAGCCUAAACCGGUCAUGUACUACUGGAAGCCAGGGUCAAGAUGUGAAGUUGGUAUCUGGCGAGGCUGUCUUCCCAACAUCAACAUGUUCAGAGACGAGUACGAAUGCGUAUCAACAUGCAUCUUCUCCAUGCGGGCUCACGCCGACCAUUUCAACAUGAUCAAUGAGGAAGAAGAACCUGAGACCGAGCUGCCUACUACUGAGGUGGAUCUUAAUGUAACGGUUGAGACGGGCAAUGAUACCAUUGUCAAUGGCACAGACGGACUGAACAACACGGAGGUUGAAGAAGGUGGAGGUGGCAAGAACGACACUGGAGCAAAAGAGGAUAACACAGCAAACGAAACUGCUGCCGGUACUGACGGUGCUGCCGAGACUACUGCAGCGGCUUCAUAAAGCAGUUUUAUAUCUGCGCUCCUUUGUAUCUGCGA